AUGCGUCUCUCAGCACACGUGGCCCUUGCCUUUGCCUCUUCGGCCCUUGCCUUGCUCAUCGACACCCCUCCGGAGGCAACCAGGGGUUCUCCCUUGAACAUAACUUGGAAGCUGGACCCGGACCAGGUCGUCUUUUACCUCUCCAACAACAAUGAAUCGUACUGGCCCAUUGGGUUUGCCAACAUUCACGAUGGAUCCGUCACGGCCCAGGUCCCCACGACGUAUUCGUAUAACACGGGUCACAUUAUUGCGUUUACCAACGAUGGCCUUGGCCCGGUUGGGGCGUCUCAACAGUUCCCCGUGAACUAG